CUCACACGAAAGGUUUUUCGCAUUUUUCUCGCGUUUUCCGUCGAAUUUUCCAGCGAAAUUGGUUUCUUUUGUAACCUGGAAGCGGCGCCGCGACGAUUGGCAUCGCUUUUGGAGCCCAAAAAAAUGGAGUUUUCCUUGAAAAAUAAAUUAAUUUUUUGAAUUUCCCACCGUGGUAUUGAGGGUCUUUAUGGGACACAAAUUCAUCGAAUAAAAUUCAUCGACGCAAAUAUGGUUCGAUAUGUGGCCGCUAGUGUCACUGCCGUAUCAAAGAAGAAGAAGAAGAAGUGAAAAUCAAUGGAAUUUUCUACAAAUUAAUUUAAUUUAUUGCCUUUAAGUUGCUCUAUCGUGUGGUUAAUAGUGAAUUAAUUAGUGAUAAGAAAGGAUGUAUCCCGUAGGACAAUCCUGGACUUCGUCGCCUCCGCGCACCUCAAGCCCAUCAACACCUCAAACCAGCUUUGAUACACUUACAUCUCCGCAAACACCAAACUCCAGCACUACUGCCGUUACCAUCCCGGCAGGGCCUCAGAAUGCUGCAGCUCCUGGACAGAUGGGUAUUGUGCCGGUGCCACCGGGCCCGGCAGAAUUGCCAGUCUUCACGUGUCCCCGGCGCCCAAAUUUAGGUCGUGAGGGGCGUCCCAUUCUUCUGCGCGCUAAUCACUUCCAGAUUACAAUGCCUCGAGGAUAUGUACAUCACUACGACAUCAACAUUCAACCUGAUAAGUGUCCACGAAAGGUUAAUCGGGAGAUAAUAGAGACAAUGGUGCAUGCAUAUAGCAAAAUCUUUGGCGUGCUGAAGCCCGUCUUCGAUGGUCGCAACAAUCUCUACACGCGUGACCCUCUUCCAAUUGGCAAUGACCGCGUGGAGUUAGAGGUAACAUUGCCAGGUGAGGGUAAGGAUCGCGUAUUCCGCGUGACGAUCAAAUGGGUGGCUCAGGUGUCGCUGUUUAAUCUCGAAGAAGCCCUAGAGGGGCGUACGCGUCAAAUCCCGUACGAUGCCAUCUUGGCGCUAGACGUGGUGAUGCGUCAUCUUCCCAGCAUGACAUACACGCCUGUGGGCAGAAGCUUCUUCAGCUCCCCGGAUGGGUAUUACCAUCCUCUCGGUGGUGGUCGUGAAGUAUGGUUCGGCUUUCACCAGAGUGUGCGCCCGUCGCAAUGGAAAAUGAUGCUCAACAUUGAUGUGUCGGCAACGGCUUUCUACAAGGCUCAGCCAGUCAUUGAAUUCAUGUGCGAGGUCCUCGACAUCAGAGAUAUCAAUGAGCAGCGAAAGCCGCUCACGGACUCGCAAAGGGUAAAAUUCACGAAGGAGAUCAAAGGACUAAAGAUUGAGAUCACACACUGUGGGACGAUGCGACGCAAGUAUCGCGUGUGCAACGUGACACGUAGACCUGCGCAGAUGCAAUCAUUCCCGCUGCAGCUGGAGAACGGGCAGACGGUGGAGUGCACCGUGGCCAAGUACUUCCUCGACAAAUAUAAAAUGAAGUUGCGUUACCCCCAUUUGCCGUGUUUGCAAGUUGGGCAAGAGCACAAGCACACGUAUUUGCCGCUAGAGGUGUGUAACAUCGUUGCCGGGCAGAGAUGCAUCAAAAAAUUAACCGAUAUGCAAACUUCCACCAUGAUAAAGGCAACAGCACGAUCAGCACCCGACAGAGAACGCGAGAUAAACAAUUUGGUACGUCGUGCUGACUUUAACAAUGAUGCAUACGUUCAGGAAUUCGGAUUGACCAUCUCCAAUAGCAUGAUGGAAGUCCGUGGACGUGUUCUUCCGCCACCUAAACUACAAUACGGUGGACGUGUGUCCAGCAUAAGUGGCCAAAGGCACGAGAAUCAUCCUCUACAGACAAAUUUGCCUAGCAAAGUGAGUUUGGCAUCACCAAAUCAAGGGGUUUGGGAUAUGCGUGGAAAGCAAUUUUUCACUGGUGUUGAAAUCCGUGUAUGGGCUAUUGCAUGUUUUGCUCCUCAAAGAACAGUUCGUGAGGAGAAUUUAAGAAAUUUCACGCAACAAUUGCAGAAGAUUUCAAAUGACGCUGGAAUGCCAAUUAUUGGGCAGCCGUGCUUUUGCAAGUACGCCACUGGGCCAGAUCAGGUGGAACCGAUGUUUAGGUAUCUGAAGAAUACCUUUAAUGCACUUCAGCUUGUUGUAGUAAUCCUCCCGGGUAAGACACCGGUCUACGCAGAAGUUAAACGUGUUGGGGAUACAGUCUUGGGCAUGGCGACACAGUGCGUUCAAGCAAAAAAUGUCAACAAAACAUCACCACAAACUCUUUCAAAUCUCUGCUUGAAGAUUAAUGUGAAACUUGGUGGAAUUAAUUCCAUUCUUGUACCCUCAAUUCGCCCAAAGGUGUUUAAUGAGCCAGUUAUCUUUUUGGGUGCCGACGUGACACAUCCACCUGCUGGUGAUAACAAGAAACCUUCAAUUGCCGCCGUGGUUGGUUCAAUGGAUGGACAUCCAUCGAGAUAUUCUGCUACUGUGAGGGUACAACAGCAUCGUCAGGAGAUUAUUCAGGAGCUCAGCAGUAUGGUUAGAGAGCUCCUUAUAAUGUUCUACAAAUCAACUGGUGGCUACAAACCCCAUCGUAUAAUACUUUAUCGCGAUGGUGUGUCUGAAGGGCAAUUUCCUCAUGUUCUGCAGCAUGAACUAACGGCCAUCCGUGAGGCUUGCAUCAAACUUGAACCUGACUAUCGUCCAGGAAUUACAUUUAUUGUAGUUCAAAAACGCCAUCAUACACGUCUCUUCUGUGCUGACAAAAAAGAACAGAGCGGCAAGUCAGGAAAUAUCCCAGCAGGAACCACCGUUGAUGUGGGCAUUACACAUCCGACAGAGUUUGACUUUUACCUAUGCAGCCAUCAAGGCAUUCAGGGAACAAGUCGUCCAUCUCACUACCACGUUCUGUGGGAUGAUAAUCACUUUGAUUCGGAUGAACUGCAAUGUCUCACCUAUCAGCUCUGUCACACUUACGUGAGAUGCACAAGAUCUGUGUCAAUCCCGGCUCCAGCAUACUAUGCUCAUUUAGUUGCAUUCCGUGCCAGAUAUCAUUUAGUGGAGAAAGAGCAUGACUCAGGUGAAGGAUCUCAUCAAAGUGGAUGUUCAGAGGAUAGGACACCAGGUGCGAUGGCACGUGCUAUCACAGUACAUGCUGACACAAAGAAGGUCAUGUACUUUGCUUAAAUGCUGAAAGAAAAAAAAAGAAAGUAACAAUGCAACAAAAAUAUUAUCUCCCGCACGAAAAACAAAAAGAAAAAUCUCUUAUAAAGAAAAUGAAGAACUUAAGAAAUUAAUUAGGUUUUUAGAAGAAGGAAAAUUAUUUUACAAAUACUAUACAUGGUACGAUGAAUGAAAAGGAGACUAAAAGAAAUGGUAAAAAUGAUGUAUGUUAAAUUUUAGGCGUUUUAAUUAAUAGAUAUUAUACGAAACACUCUUCUCAGACAAAAUAUCAACUCUUAUCAUUUUUAGGCUUUAGUAAAACUUUUUAAUUUUUUUUAUUAAGUUUUAAACAUAUCUCACGCCCAAAAAAAAAGAAAAUAUCUCGCCCUUCAAAGAAGAUUGCAUGGCUAUUUUUAUUAGGUUUAUAUUUAAUAUAAUAAAUAUUCUGUUUCGUUAGUCUGUGCCAAAAAAAAAUCCAAACAAAAUGUCUUUGGCAUUUUGAUAAAAUGAAUGAAAACAAAUCCUUCUAUUUGCACCCCUUUUUAGAUGCUUUAUAUUUUACAAUUUAUUUAUGAUUAUUUUUCUGUAUAUAAAAAAAAUAGUGAAAGAAAAUAUUGAGCUCCACAGAGGAGGUAAACCCACGCAUUUUUUCGAAAGAAAGAAAAAAUCACGAAACACAAGAAAUGCAAAUUUUAUAUAUGAUAGGUAUAUAGUAAGAAAAAAAUAUAUAAAUGUCUUUUGAUGUAAUUGUUCAACAAUUAUCACAUAAAUUAUAGGAUAAGUUGAUAUAAUAAUUAUACAAUAUUUAGAUGAAAACGUAAGAAUUAUAAAAAAAAAAAUUCACUUACAAUGUGAAUCUUGAUGCCGGGAAUAAAAGGAUAAAAAAUAAUUUAAUAUAGAAUUUUUGUGUCUUUAAUAAUGUAAGAUCUACAACAACAAAAAAUAGAUCAAGCGGAGUAUAUUAAAAGUAAUAAAAUUAAAAUAAUUACAAAAGCUAUUUUAAUAAGAAAGUUUUAAAAAAAUAUCUAUGCAAAACUUUUAAAUGUACCCCUUUCUCUCCACAAAAUGAUCUUCAUUUUUUUCUAAGAAUAAUAAAAUUAAUUGCUUUGUUUCUUAAAGAUCAUCAAUUUGUCUAUUUCUACAUUCAUUACGAACAAAAUAAAAACUUUUUUAUCAUUUAUUAUUCAUACCUACACACAAUUUAGAAUCACAUUUUAACGUUUAUUACUAUAUAAUACAUUAAAUAUUUUUAAGGAUAAAGAGAUCUCUUUUUUAUCCCAAUACCAUUCAGAAUGUAGUUGAUUUUCAAAGAAAAUGCAAACCGGAAAAAUAUAUACACCCAAAAAAAGUAUUAGAAAAGAAAUCCCGAUUUAUUAUUUUAGAACAGAAGGUGAAAAUAAAACAAAAUAAAGAUUAUGUAGAAAAACUAUUGAACAUGUAAUCCACAAUAUUUGAGUCUAAAAAAUAAAAUAGCGUUCAUGUAGAAUUAA